CUUGUCCAGGGUGUACCCCGCCUUUCGCCCGUAGUCAGCUGGGAUAGGCUCCAGCUCGCCUGCGACCCUGUAGAACAGGAUAAAGCGGCGAGAGAUGAUAUGUGCCUCUGUUAUUGGCACCCCCUGUAUUUUGUACUUUCAUACAAAAGAAGCAGUGACAGUGAGGAGUUUACUCAAUUUAAAGGUCCCCUUGCAUCGUUUUUUCAUUAAUUGUGCGGUGGUCUCUAGUAUGAAUGAAUGCCCUGUGAGCCGGUUUUGGUGAAAAACAUGCUGUGGUUCUCCUGUUUCAGGCUGUUCUAGUUUGGUGGAGGAGUGGGUGGCAGAAGAACGACAGGAUUUCAGCUCUUACUCAUUAAUAUUCAUGACAUGUAAACGUGUUACCUCUGAUUGGCUAACAGCACUGUGAUGCUACCUCCAGUGAGUCAGAACAAGCGGAUGUGGGUGUCUUACUACGGCGAGAGAGAAGGAACAAACCGCGAAGGGAAAAAUACCACGCGCUGACGUCAUUGAGCUUGUGAGCUGGUGGUCGAUCGUCUUGACGGCACAGAUCCAGGGAUUAAAUGCAACCUCGAAGCAAAACCACUACUGAAGGCACCGAAGUUUGAAAAGUCACUGUGGUUGAAAUGAUCAGAACACAGUACUAACGCUGCAUUGUACUUUGCUGGUGGUGUUCCAAAGAUAAACUCCAACCAUUUAUUCUUCACCUCUUCUAUCUUGGGCAAGAAAUGCAAUGUUGAUGUCUUACUGCCACAAAUAACACAGGCUUCUUAGAAUGAAAUCAGCAGAAGCCAGACCAUCCUGUGACACUCCUGCAUCUUUUCAGCUCUGCACGGCUGUACACACAGAAAAAUCUAUGGCUUCAGCAAGAGGGUCAUCAGGCUGUGUGGGUCACUUCAGCCCUGAGGACCAACUGAAUGGAGGAUUUCAAAAGAAGCCUAUAAAAGAAGAACCUGAAGAUGAAGACUACCACUCUGGCAAGACAUCAAGCUGUGUGGGACAUGUCACCCCUGUGGACCAACAGAAUGAAGGAUUUUAUGAGAAGCUUAUAAAAGGAGAACCUCAAGAUGGAGAUUACUGCUGUGGUGAGACAUCAAGCUGUGUGGUCCAACAGACUGAAGGAUUCCAAGAAAAGCCUUUAAAAGAAGAUGAACCUAAUGAAGACGACUAUCUCUACUGUGAGUAUUGCAGAUCCUACUUCAUCAACAAGUGUGAAAUACAUGGUCCAGCUCUCUUCCUCCCUGAUACCCCUGUUCCUAACGGGGUUUCAGACCGAGCCAGACAAACCCUUCCCCCUGGUCUAGAGCUCCAGGAAUCUGAUAUUCCUGAUGCAGGCCUGGGUGUGUUUAAUAAGGGGGACACUGUUCCAGUUGGUGCCCACUUUGGACCUUACCAGGGAGACCUGGUAGACAAAGAAGAAGCCAUGGCUAGUAGCUACUCUUGGGUGAUUUACAAGAGCAGGCAUUUUGAGAAAUACAUAGAUGCUAAGAGAGUGACCCAUGCAAAUUGGAUGAGGUAUGUGAAUUGUGCGAAUAAUAAUGAAGAGACUAAUCUGGUGGCAUUCCAGUAUCAAGGGGAGAUUUUCUACCGUUCUUGUCAACCCAUCAAACCAAGACAGGAGCUUUUGGUGUGGUAUGAAGAGAAGUACGCUAAGGAUCUUGGCAUCACUUUCAACUGCAUCUGGAAACAAAAGUCCUCCAUAAGCGAAACCAGUGAUUGCCCAUUGAAAGGUUACUCUUGCUCAUUGUGUUCACUUUUCUAUCCAUCACAAAUUGGCCUUCACAAACAUAUCAAGAGUUGCCACUAUGAGGAAAAUAUGAACAUGCUGAAUUCAGAAGAAACUCCAAAAUCCACAAGAAUCUCUACACAUAAGCCAACAUGCACUGAUACUCACUUUCAGUUUGCAAGAGGUCUUAACAAAGAAAUUUACUGCUGCUCGCAGUGUGGAAAGUGUUUUGCUGGACGGUGUCAUCUGAGACAACACCAGCGCAUUCACACAGGAGAAAGGCCAUUUCACUGCUCACAGUGCGGGAAGCGUUUUGCUCGACAGAGUCAUCUUCAAGCCCAUCAGACCAUUCACACAGGAGAGAAACUGUAUCCAUGCUCGCAGUGCGGGAAACGAUUUAAUCGAGAGAGUACUCUCCAACGGCACAGACGCAUCCACACAGGAGAGAAGCCAUAUCAUUGCUCUGAGUGUGGGAAGAGGUUUACUUACCAGAAUGCACUUCAGCGUCAUCAGCGUAUUCAUACUGGAGAAAAGCCCUAUGCCUGCUCGGAGUGUGGGAAGAGGUUUACUUACCAGAAUGCACUACAACAGCAUCAGCGUAUGCACACCGGAGUAAAGCCGUACAUCUGUUCAGAAUGCGGGAAGUGUUUUAGCCAAUCAAAUUCUCUCCAAAUUCAUCAGCGCAUUCACACAGGAGAGAAGCCGUAUCCCUGCUUACAGUGCGGGAAGGUUUUCCUUCAACAGAACAAUCUGCAAAUACACCAGCGCAUCCACACAGGAGAGAGGCCCUUUCACUGUCGACAGUGUGGAAAGACUUUUAAUCAUGAAAGUACUCUCCAACGGCACCGGCGCACUCACACAGGAGAGAAGCCAUAUCACUGCUCGCAGUGUGGGAGGACUUUUGCUCGACAGUAUCAUCUCAAACGGCACGAACAGAUUCACACAGGAGAGAAGCCGUAUCGGUGCUCACAGUGUGGGAAGCAUUUUAAUCGAGAGAGUACUCUCCAACGGCACCAGUACACUCACACUGGACAGAAGCUUUACAUCUGCUCACAGUGUGGGAAGAGCUUUACACGACAGAGUAAUCUCAAAAUACACCAGCAAAUUCACGCAGGAGAGAGGCAGUAGCGCUGCUCACUGCGUGGGAGGAGUUUCACUCACCAGAUACUCCAUAAAUACACCAGCACAUUCAUACAGCAGAGAAGCCAUACAUCCGGGGAAGAGUUUUAGUGACCCAAAUUCUCUCCAGAGAUAUCUAAUCAUUCACACAGGAGAGAAGCCAUAUCCCUGCUAACAGCGUUGGAGAGUUUUACUCAGUGAAGGAAUCUCCAACAUCACCAGAACAUUCACCCAGGAUAAAUAGAGUGUUGCUCUGAAAAAUUAAAUCAGUCUUCAGACACACCUUCUCAAUCCCACAGGAGAAAAUCUAUGUCACUUUUUGUGUUAGUCAUUUGCGUAUUUCGUUUUAUUCUAUCCACAUUCAUAGGAUAUGAGCAAUUGCACACUUUGAUUGGCUACUCUCCUACUAGGCUAUCAGCUCAUAUACUGUGAGUAGAGAAAAACAAAAUGGCAAGGCAAGUUUAUUUAUAUAGCACAUUUCAUACACAGUGGCAGUUCAAUGUGCUUUACAGAAGUAAAAGCAAAACAGUAAACAAUAGAAAAUAAAAUUACAUAAAAUAAAUGGGGAAGAAAAUUAAUAAGAAUUAAACAAUAGUAGAAAUAAAAUAAAAUGAGAUAAAAGUUCAAUUUAAAAAAACAGCAGAAUAAAAUAGAAUAAAAGUUAAGUAAAAUUUAAAACAUGGAGAGACUGUAAAAGUAAAGAGUUUAAAACAUGUAGAGAUGGCAAUAUUAAUAAUUUAGCAGAAAGCAUCUGAAAACAGCUUGGUCUUUAGUCUAGAUUUGAAGCUGCCAACAGCAGGAGCAUUUUUGAUGUCCUCUUUGGCGGCGCAUGUUGCUGAACCAACUAAAGACGAAAUAAAAACUCUACUCGAAAGAAAAACCCAAAAAAAUACAAACAAACAAAAAAAGCAGCAACAUAUGGAAUAAAAGCAUUUGAUGGUAAGAAUGUAUCUUUAUUUUGCAACAAUUAUUGCAUUUUUCACAAAUUGCUCCUGUCAUUUCACCGGUUUGUUUACAUUGUAAGCAGACAUGAUUUUAUCAGAUGUUUUGUAUAAAAUUUUUAUUUAUCGAAUUUGCAUUCAAUAAAAAUAAAAAUGCUCUUUCUCAAAAUCCAGUGAAUGUGUAUAGAAUAAAACAGUUAUUCCACUCAAUCUCAUCAUACAUGGAUUAUAGACAACUCGGUGCUACGUGCCUCGUCAGGUAUUGGCUCGUGUACGACUCCAUUUCAUGGAAUAACUGUUAAAUAUUAAUGUGAAAAUUAGUUUUGCUAAAUUAGUACUAUAUUAAAAAAUAUUGUGUUGUCUGUGUGAUGUUCUUCCUAUAUUGCUAUAUUAGGUUUUUAGACUGAUCAUACUCUUAGUUGGUGAGCUAGUGAACCAGUAUCAGGAUGUAUUUAUUGAUGGAGAUCGUGAUAAAGUAUUUCUGUAAGUCGCUCUGGAUAAGGGUCUCUGCUACAUGCCUUUAAUGUAUAUGUAAAUGCUUGUUAUUGGUUGAAUGGGGAACAUUUAAUAUUUAAUGUUUUUAUUUAAUUUAUGUGUGUGUUGUUAAAUGGUCUAUCCUGCCAUGAGACCAAGCUACAGUAAUGCCUUUGUGAUCAGUUCAGCCAAGGACGCUAAUGCUAGUUAAGAUAAAAGGUGAGAUUUUGCUCUUUCAUCUCGUCCCUAAACUACAGUCAUGGUGACAUAAUUAUUAUUACAUCUGUAAUGUUAAUGAGACCACAAUACUGGAUGCAGGAAAUGACAUCCUUAAAGCUGAGAAUACUCAAUGAGUGUGUCAGUGAGUGAACGACUGGUAUUACUCUUUAGGCAUGAUACUCAUUCACUAAAAGAGCAUGUUUCCACUUCAGGUGGUCAUUGACCACAAAGUAUUUCCUUCCAAGUUUUAAUAAUGGUCCUUAUAUUUAUAACUGUUGGUUUGUCCGAUUACUUUUGAGUCUGUGAAAAUGGAGGGACGAUAUUUAAAAAUGGCUGUAAUUCCUAAACAGUUAAUGCAAUAUUUAUGUUAAACUUCUCAAAUUAAAUCUGAAAGUCUACACUUCAAUCACAUCUUGAUGACUUCAUUUCAAAUUCAUGGUGGUUGAGUACAGAGACAAAAUUACAAAAAUUGUGUUUCUGUCCAAAUACUUAUGGACCUGGCUCUAGAUCCCAAAACUGUGCUGAAACUGACAGCUGAAUUAAUAUCACAAGAGGCAGUGUGAAGUGGACAGCAUGCAUCUUGUACACACAAAAAUAAGGAAAUCUUACAGUAUUAGUCAAAAAUUCAGACACCCCUUCGAAUUCA